AUGGAACGAACCGACAUUGCUCUUGCUCGAGUGAAUUUUCUCCGGAAAGUCAAAAAAAUUACAAAUUGGGACAAAGUUGACUUUCUAGACGAGACAUGGCUAAACGCCAAUCAUACCGUAUCCAAAGCUUGGACCGAUGAUACGACACAAUCGACCACCAAAGUACCCGAAGGCAAAGAUAAUUUGAAGGAGCCACAUUAUAUAAUUAUGGAUAACGCCCCAUAUCACUCGGUCCAAAAGCACAAACCACCAACUUCAGCAAACAGGAAGUUAGAAAUAAUUGCAUGGCUUCAAGAAAAAGGAAUAGAGGCCAAUGAAACAAUGCUUAAAAACGAAUUGUUGAGACUAGUUGGUCUGCACAAACCCAGCACACCAACGUAUGUCUUAGAUGACAUAGCCCAAGAAAAGGGUCACAACGUCAUAAGACUGCCUCCAUAUCACUGCCAGUAUAAUCCGAUCGAGCUUAUCUGGGCCCAAGUAAAAGGUUACGCUGCUAGAUCUAACAUAACACCACCUUUUACGGCAAAUAAAAUGCUGCAGUUACUAAACACUGCGGUAAAAAAUGUAUCUGCAGAAGAUUGGAAAAAGGAGGUUACCAAAUGCAGAAAAUUAAUGGAAGAAGAUUGGGAGCGGGACGUUCGAUUUGAUAAUAUUUGUGACCAAGAGUUCAUUAUAAAUUUAAAAGAUUGCUCUAGCGAUUUUGAAAGUGAUUCGGAAAUUGAUUUGGGGUGUACUCCUUUGGAAUAA